GUGACACAUGUGUAGUUUCCUCUCCAGUUUGGAGAGGGUCAGAAGGCAGCCAGGACUGUUUGGAACAAGAUCCUCUGUGUUUUUCAAGCUGUUAAAUUUGCUGUGGCUUCCUCAGUCAAAAGCCUCUUUUAGGAAAGUGCCUGAAGAAAUUUUAGCAUGGCAACCUCCAGUGAGGGCAUCACGCCUCCACCUGCCGAAAGCACCAGCAGUAGAACAGAUGUAGCCAUCAUCGGAGCUGUUAUAGCAGCAGUGGCUGUGGUCCUCAUUUGCCUAUUGGUGGUAAUUCUGCGCUACAUGUACAGACACAAGGGGACCUACCACACCAAUGAGGCCAAGGGAACGGAGUUUGCUGAAAGUGCAGAUGCAGCUUUAAAAAAUGACCCUUCUAUUCAAGAAGCCGUGGAUGAAACUAAAAAGGAAUAUUUCAUCUGAGACAAGUUAUGCUAAGGAGAAAACUUUCCUCAAGGCUCAACUUCUUUUUUUUUUUUUAUUCAAAGGAUUUACAGUUAGAAACACUACAGCAGUAUACAAAAGAAGCACUGAAACAGGAAUGGUGCACGACAGACUGGGGCAUAUUAUAGCUCAGGGGAACUCUAUCUCUGGAUUAUUAGCUUGCAAAAAAUGUUACUCACAACACCAGGAAACCUUUCUGCUAUGUUCUGAAUCUGAUGAACAGUUACAAUACGGAGAUAGUUAUGAUAGAGCCUUGAGGGAAUUCAACCUAAGAAUUAAUGAUGCAUUUCCACUUAGGACAUGUUAGCGAAGGCGGAAUAUCUUCAGAUAAUGCUAUCACUAUUUGCCUUGCUAAAGGAACAUUUUAUCUUACAGAACAUAUUAUUUAGCCUUAAUGUUUUUUACUAAUAAAUUCUUCUGAGGCCUGCAAGUAUCAUUUUGAAUAGCUUGUUUGUCGCUGACGAGGUCAAUCAAUAAAAUACAGUAUAGCCAUUAAUCAAUACUAGCACUGGGAGUUCAAAAUGUUUAAUUAGUAAGAGUUUUAUUUAUGUUUGUUUUAUCUUUGCUGUGUUUCACACCAUUGCUCUUGUUCAUAAUGUAGAAAAGUAUAUUAUCUCUAGGGAUGUGCUUUUGUUGCUUUCAUGUUUCAACUAUAUGGCUGCCGGCAGCGGCAUUUGGCUCUUUUUAGAGCUGGAUUUCUUCAGGGGCAACUCACAAAGGUCUGUGAAAUCCAGAUUUGUGUUUGUUGCCAUUUCACAAGAUGAAAUCCAGCUCAGAAAAGAGCCAAAUGCCACUGCUGGCGACAGCCAUAUAUUCUGCUCGAAAGCAACAAAAGCACAUCCUUCAUUAUCUCCUUGUCUGAACAAGUUUUGGUGUUUGAUAUGAAUGUUUUAAGUUUUGGGUUUCUGGACAGACAAACAACAAAUUAUGCAAUUGAUAAACUUUAUAUUAUUGUUCCAUUAAUGGAGUUACAUUUGCAGACAAACUGCAAAUUCUGUGUUUUUUUUUUUUACCAAAUAAACGCCGUCUCUUUAUUACAGAAUAAGUUCCUCUUUUAUCAGCAUUUAUUGAUAUAUUUCCAAAUUCCUUUAACAGAAUGACCUAUGAAAAAUACUGUCUCUUGAUCCGCGUUCCCUAACUCAAAUUGGCUUAUUCUCAAUAACCAAAUCCAUUUCAAUGUCCAAUAAAGGAAAAAUCUGAUGAACAUAAUUCAUUAUUUCACUAGAUAAUAAGCAGUAAAUUACUUAGGAUGUCUGUUCUUUUAAUUGCAUAUUUAAAAAUAAAAAGUAGAGAUUGACGUAAUGAGGCCUAUCUAUCACGCUCUGAACGGAGCUUGAAGGCCCGUGUUUCUGGCGAGUCUUCAGACUUGCCAGAAACACAAGUUAUGGAGCAGCGGUCUAAAGACCGCUGCUCCAUAACCCUGUCCGCCUGCUCUGAUGAGGCGUACAGGAAUCGCCACAAUUCAACCCGAUCGAGUACGAUCGGGUUAAUUGACACCCCCCUGUUGGCGGCCCAUUGGCCGCGAGUCUGCAGGGGGUGGCGUUGCACCAGCAUCUCUUGUGAGCUGCUGGUGCAAUGCUGAAUACGGUGAGCGAAUUGCUCUCCGCAUUCAGCGAUGUCUGUAGGACCUGGUCCGCACUGUCGGAUCAGGUCCAACAGACAUUUGUUAAAUUGGCCUCAAAGAAUCAUCAUGGUGCUGUUUCCAAAAUGACACGUUCUCUAAUUGGUUUCCACUAUAUAUUUUUUUCUGCUUCAUAUUGUUAAACUAAGAAGGAUCCUCAGUGUGUGUUUACUCUGUGUAUUGUGCCACAAAUGAUUUUUAAAGCCCAUUAUUUACCAAACGUAUGCUAAAAAUAAAAACAAGAUGUGUUUACUGUU